AUGCGAUCAGCUGAAUCGCCUACAAUUCGUCAGCGACGCGGUAUUCGUGGAAAGUUGCCAACGUGUGGAGGAUUUGCGCAAAAUCGCCGGCGAGAUCAAAGAUUUCGGCACAAAAAUGGCGGAAAACGCGGUGAAGGUGCCCACAAAUUUGAAUAUGGUGGGUUUUUGGGCUUUCAGGGCCGAAAAUAGGCUUUUUAGGCCUGAAAAUGGCCCGAAAAGCCUAUUUUUAGGCCUAAAGAGCCUAGUUUCGGCCUGGAACGGCCUAAAAUUGAAUUAUUUCAGAACAGCAGCCACGUGGCACAUUUUGUGAUGGAGUAUUGAUUUUUUGA